AGAAGAAGUAGUCGAUUGCAGAGUCCCCCUUUCUUCAACAUAUCGAGCAUUCUUGACUCCUUUUAACCGACCUCUUAGAACCAUCGACAUCCUCUCCACCUCACCAUCGUCUUCCAUAGUCGCAGACUCAGAAAGGACGUUAAACCAAUCAAUCUCCACCUCACCGCCUCUUUUCCUUAUCGAUAACGUUUCAGCACCCCUCGCACCCCUCCAGACGCCAAUUGCAAGCACAAUCGCACCUUCCUCCACUCAGAACAAUCUGGCAGCCGCAGCUAGACUCCAACAGCUCACAAUGGCCCUCCAAACCCCCGUCAGCGACGCGACCGCGCCGCUCUUCAGCUCCGAACUCAUCUCCCCCGAGGUCCUCAAAGCGCUGCCAGAAGGCUACACCUGUCGGCCAAUCCAGCGCCAAGACUACCACAAUGGCUUCCUGGACGUGCUGAGGGUGUUGACGACAGUUGGCGAUAUUUCUGAAGAGGCUUGGAACGAGCGCUACACAUGGAUAUCCACCCACAACGACUCCUACUUCCUCAUCGCCAUCCUCGACAAUUCCUCGCGCAUUGUCGGCACCGGCGCCCUGGUUGUCGAGCGCAAGUUCAUCCACCAGCUUGGGCUCGUCGGACAUAUCGAGGACAUCGCUGUUGCCAAGGACCAACAGGGCAAGAAGCUGGGCCUCAGGAUUAUUCAGGCGCUCGACUUCGUGGCGGAGAAGGUCGGAUGCUAUAAGACGAUUUUAGAUUGUAGUGAGGCAAAUGAGGGGUUUUAUGUUAAGUGUGGGUUCAAGAGGGCCGGGCUGGAGAUGGCGCAUUACUAUGGACGGUAGAUGGUGAAGGUUUGAAACGAAGGAUGUUGUGCGGGAGGGCGUGGUUGCAUUUGGGGGCGUUAUGGCUCGAGAGGACGGCUGUCUUGUCGAAGGGGAGAGUAUUAGACGCUAGAUAGAUGGUAUAUGAACACCCCGUAUUUGCC